GGAGGGAGGAGAGUAGAGGAAGGAGAAAGGAGAGAGGAAAUCCCUGCUCAGAUCCUCCUGGGCGCAGCCAGGUGAACCUCCGGGGAACCGCAGGUGAAUCAUCCGGGAGCUGCAGACUAGCCACCCGGAACUGUCAGGUGAACCGCCCCCGGAGCAGCCAGGUGAGCCUCCUCCCGCGAGCGCCAGGUGUGCGCGAUGCUGCUGCUGCUGGGCGCGCUGGCCACCUGGCUCCCGCGCGCUCUGGCCGGGGCUCCGCAGGCCGAGGACACAGCGCAGCUGGACUUGUUCACUUCGAGGCCGCAGAGCCGGGUCAGCCCCGCCUUCCUGUCGUUCACCCUGGACGCCAACCUGGCCACCGACCCGCGCUUCCUCACCUUCCUGGGUUCUCCAAAACUUCGCACUUUGGCCAGAGGUUUGUCUCCUGCUUACCUGAGAUUUGGGGGCACCAAGAGCGACUUUUUAAUUUUUGAUCCCCAGAAGGAACCGACCUUUGAAGAGAGAAGUUACUGGCAGUCUCAAACCAACCAGGAUGUUUGCAAAUCUUGGUCCUUCCCUUUUGAUGUGGAGGAGAGGUUACAGAUGGAAUGGCCUUUCCAGGAGCAGUUGCUGCUGAGAGAACAGUAUCAAAAAAAGUUCAAGAACAGCACCUACUCAAGAAGCUCAGUGGAUAUGCUGUAUACUUUUGCAAAUUGCUCAGGAUUGCAUUUGAUCUUUGGUCUAAAUGCUUUACUAAGAACAGCAAACUUACAGUGGAACAGCUCCAAUGCUCAGUUGCUCUUAGAUUACUGUUCUUCCAAGGGUUACAACAUUUCUUGGGAACUAGGCAAUGAACCUAACAGUUUCCGGAAGAAGGCUGGGAUUUUCAUUGAUGGUUUACAGCUAGGAAAAGACUUUAUCCAGCUGCAUAAACUCCUAGGAAAUUCCCCUUUCAAGAAUGCAAGACUCUAUGGACCUGAUGUUGGCCAACCUAGAGGAAGGACUGUCAAGAUGCUGAGGAAUUUCCUGGAAGUUGGAGGUGGAGUGAUUGACUCAGUUACUUGGCAUCACUACUAUUUAAAUGGACGAAUUGCAACUAAAGAAGAUUUUCUUAAUCCUGAUGUUUUGGACACUUUCAUUUCAUCUGUGCAAACAACUUUCCAGGUUGUUAAGGAAACUGGAACCCACAAGAAGGUCUGGUUAGGGGAAACCAGUUCUGCCUAUGGGGGUGGAGCGCCGUUGCUGUCCAACACGUUUGCAGCUGGCUUUAUGUGGCUGGACAAACUGGGCCUAUCAGCCAGGAUGGGUAUAGAAGUGGUGAUGAGACAGGUACUAUUUGGAGCUGGAAACUACCACCUAGUGGACGGAAACUUUGAACCUUUACCUGAUUAUUGGCUGUCUCUUCUGUUCAAGAAACUGGUGGGUACCACUGUGCUAUUGGCAAAGGUGAAAGGACCAGACAGAAGGAAACUUCGAGUCUACCUUCACUGCACAAACACUGACCACCCAAGAUAUAAAGAAGGAGAUUUAACUCUGUAUGUCCUAAACCUUCACAAUGUCACCAAGCGCUUGCAGCUGCCGUAUUUAUUUGACAAACAAGUGGACAAAUACCUUAUAAAACCCUCAGGGCCUGAUGGGUUACUUUCCAAAUCUGUGCAACUCAAUGGUCAAACUUUGAAGAUGGUGGAUAAUCUAACUCUGCCAGUUUUGACAGAGAAGCCUCUGCGUCCAGGAAGUACACUGGGCUUGCCACCUUUUUCUUACAGCUUUUUUGUGAUAAGAAAUGCCAAAGUUGCUGCUUGCAUCUGAUAGUGAAAGGCAUGCAAUCCCCCCAAGAUUCGACUCUUAAAAUAUAGUGAAAAGAACAAAGGAGAACUCCAACUACAGUAAGGCAAAUCAACUUGAGGCAGCAUUAGGGUGCUAGGACACUUUCAGUGCUAGAAUUAGCACACUGUUUUGUUCUAAGUAGACCACAGCUGAUAAUGAUAGUUAAUAAUACUCUGUGCCAAAGACUAUACUUAGUACUUUGCAUGUAUUAUUUUUAUUUAAGAUUGUUAAAAAUGUAUAUAAAUGCUCCCAAUACAGCCAGGAGUCAAGGUAGUGAAGGAUGUAUUAUUAGUUGUAAGAAAAUGCUUAGUUUUUUAAAGUUAGCAGAUGAUUGUUGGAUUCUUCCUCGAUGGAACUCCCAACAGAAUUAGUUCCUAUGACAACCCACAAAUUGCCACACACACAUACACACAAAGAGAGAAAGAGAGAGAGAGAAAAGGGGUGUGUGAUUCCUCUGUACAGUGAAGUAAAUUCAGUUGCUGCUGCUUUUUUUUGCAUUGUUUAUAUUUGUUAGCAAUGGUAUGGAAGAUGACACAUGGCUAGACCUGUUAUUAUGAAAAAGUGAUUAAUGAAGAUUAUUAUAAUGAAGAGAUUAGAUAAAUUUCAAAUGAAAAAGAACUACAAGUACAACUGAUUUGUAAAUAGAAGAGUAGUAAAAGAUAUACUUCUAAGUCAGAUCUUUCCUUUUUAUAGCCCCUAGCCCCAAAUUUU